AUGUCGCGAAUCAACGUCGGAAUAGUUGGAUACGGGAACUCUGCCAAAGUCUACAACCUUCCGUACUUGUUACCUCACCCUGAAUAUCAAGUCUAUGCCUUUCUUCAGCGUUCAGCAGCCCCUUCGGAUCUAGCUAGUGCUAAGCCAGGCUCUCACUGCACCGUCGAUUUCCCACAAGCAAAGCAUUAUCGCACAUCGGACGAGUUUUUUGCCGAUGCGAACAUUAAGCUAGUCAUUGUUUGCACCCAGUUCGACACCCAUGCCGAGUUUGCGGAAAAGGCCUUGAAUGCAAAUAAGCAUGUUCUAGUUGAGAAGCCUUUUACAACAUCGAGCAAAGAAGCCGAUAAGCUUAUUGCACUUGCCAAAGAAAAAGGCAAAAUUUUGACCGUUUAUCAGAGUAAAGUUCUACCAGUUAUUGCUAGUUAUGACGGGCUGCUGACUUUGGCAAAAAUAGAUAGGCGUUGGGAUGGUGACUUUCUGACACUGGAACAUAUCCUUGACAAAGGCGCACUGGGAACAGUUACAGAAGCUGAAAUCCACUAUGAUUUCGAAAAUCCGCCCUGGGUUAGCUCUAUGGCCGCAAAAGGCUACACCCCUGGGGAUGGAAACAUGUUUGGUCUUGGUUCUCAUACUAUUGACCAAGCAUUGGUUCUCUUUGGAAGACCUAAAUCUGUUAUUGGAAUCAUGACAGUUCUACGCGGUAUUGAAAGUGAGACUGAAGAUAGCUUCACUUUGAUCCUGCAGUAUGAUAGCCCGUUGCUGGUUACUGUGAAAACCACAAUCGUUACGCCCAUGGUCAACCAGCCAAAAUACCUUAUUCGAGGAACCAAGGGCUCAUAUCUGAAGUUUGGGACGGAUGUUCAAGAAGACCAAAUCCUGUCAGGGAUUCAAUCUACAAGCGCAGAAUUUGGCAUAGGAGACUCGACUGAUGACGGUAUAUUGACUACAUACGAUGAAUUUGACGGCACAUACCAAACCUACAACUCCAAGGCAAAGAAAUUUUCUGGAAAAUAUCCAACUUUGCCUGGAAGAAAUCGAGGGUAUUAUGAAAACCUAGCCGACGUACUCAGGGGAAGAUCGGAUCUAAAGGUUCAGCCUCAGCAGUCACGCGAUGGAAUCCGUUUAAUGGAAUUGGCACGGGAAUCCUAUCUUACCGGCAAAACGGUUCUUUGGUCAUGA